UUUGAUAAGUCAUAAAACCUAAUUGUCAAACCUUCAUCCAAAAAGGAUACAAAAAUAAAAUAAAACAAAAUAAACACAGAAGAUCAGAGAGAGAGAGAGAGAGAGAGAGAGAGAGAGAGAGGGAGAGGGAGAGGGAGCAAAUGGAUGGAGAUAUGAUUAACUUGUUGAAGGUAUGGCUCUCAGUCUGUCUGUGUGUAUGUUACUGCUAUGCCACGGCCAAGUUCGUCCCCAAGGGUUUAACAAGACUCAUUUGUUUCCUUCCAAUUGUCUGCAUCUUUCUCUACCUUCCUCUCCUCAUCUCCUCCAUACAUCUUGCCGGCAACACAUCUUUCUUCGUUUCUUGGCUCGCAAACUUCAAGCUCUUGCUCUUUGCUUUUGGUAAAGGACCUCUGGCUUCUGACCCAUCAAUCUCUCUCGCUCGUUUUGUUCCUCUUGCUUGCCUCCCAAUCAAGAUCCAACAAAAUAAGAACCCACCUCCAAAUCCAUUAGCCAAACACAAAAAAACUACCAAAAGUGAAGGAAUUCAAUCCGUACAAAAACAAAAUGGCCAAUCCAAAGAAAACACACCUGCAGAUCACCAAAACAAAGACAAAGAGAACCCUAUUCCCCAAGAUCCCAAGGUAGGCCAUAAAAUCCCUCUAAAUCAUGUCAUAAAGGCUCUGCUUUUUGGAAUUUUGCUACGUGCCUAUGAUUACAGUGACCGAAUCCCUCCAUACGCCAUGUGGGUUCUUUAUUCGCUGCACAUUUACUUGUUCCUCGAACUCGUCCUAGCCGUGGCUGCAGCCCUGGCUCGAACCCUCCUGGCCACCGAGCUCGAGCCGCAGUUCAACGAGCCUUAUCUCUCAACCUCGCUCCAAGAGUUCUGGGGCCGGCGGUGGAACCUCAUGGUCACUGGCAUCCUACGACCCACCGUGUACGAACCAACCCUCGGCUUCUCACGACGCGUCGUGGGCCGCAGGUGGUGGGCCCCGCUGCCCGCGGUCCUCGCGACCUUUUUGGUGUCGGGUUUGAUGCACGAGAUCGUGUUUUAUCACAUGGGAAGGAUGCCGCCCACGUGGGGACUCACGUGCUUCUUUCUACUGCACGGAGUGUGUUUGACGGUUGAGAUCGGUUUGAAGAGGGCGAUGUCAACCGGCAGGUGGCGGUUGCCGAGGUUGGUAUCUGGAGGUUUGAGCGUCGGAUUCGUGAUGGUGACCUCCUUUUGGCUGUUUCUUCCGCAGUUCUUUCGGUUUAGGGCUGAGAUUAAAGCGUUUGAGGAGUAUGCUGCUGUAGGUGAAUGUUUCAGGAAUCUGAUUAGCCCAUUUGUUUCCCGGGUUGGCUAAGUUUGGACACUUGGCAUUUUUUACGAGAAUUGUAUCAAUGAACAAGAAAAUACAUUUGUUUGCCUAAUGUUUGUGGUUAGGGAUG